UUUGGUGGUGCAGAAUUCUUGCAUUCUACAUAAGUUAGAGACGAAGCCGACAUAUUCUUGUCAUUGUCAAUGCUGCAUGGUUGUCGUCGAGCACACCAUCUGCUCGCAUCAUGUGCACGCACGACAUUGUCGUCGACAUCGCGGCGCAACCUACUGACACUUGCGAUUGAAUCCUCCUGCGACGAUACUUGCGUCGCGAUCCUCUCUAAACACAACGCCUCAAAUGGGCCCAAAUCCAGAUCAACAAAGCUGCACUUCAAUGAGAAAGUCACACUGAGGAACACUGGCAAAGGUGGCAUCACCCCAGUAGAUGCCCUCAACAGUCACCAAUCACAUCUAGCCAAACUGGUUGAGAGAUCCCUUCUGAGCCUCCCAGAUGGCGACGAAACACUACCAACCUCUAAACGACUUCCGCUUCGAAAUGGAACGAUCAAGGAAAAGCCGGACUUUAUCUCGGUGACGCGGGGACCAGGGAUGCUACAAAACCUCUCUAGCGGUCUGAAUACGGCGAAAGGGCUUGCUACAGCAUGGCAGAUACCCUUGGUCGGAGUGCACCAUAUGCAAGCUCAUGCUCUCACGCCGCGGCUUGCCUAUGCGAGGGAGGGAGACGCUCGGGAAUCAACGCAGACGUCGAAGCCAGAUUUCCCUUUCCUCACGUUGCUGGUCAGUGGUGGCCAUACCAUGCUCCUACAUUCGAAAGGGUUGGUUGAGCAUGAGAUUCUAGCUUCGACAAAUGAUGUCGCUAUUGGUGACGAAUUGGACAAAUGCGGACGGUCUAUAUUGCCUCAAGCCAUCCAACAAGGCACACCUGACACUGCUUAUGGCAAAUAUCUCUCGGCAUACGCCUUUCAGAAUGCGGAAGACUUCUCUAGCUGGAAAGUGCCUGCGAGUCGGCCGGAGGAGAUUCUCAGACCGUUGAAUGAGUAUGGCUGGAACUUAUCGACGCCAAUGGCGAAGAACAGGGAUCUUUCUUUCAGCUUUGCUGGCCUUGGGUCUCAGGUCAGUCGCAUAAUGACCGACCACUCUGUCAGAAACAACGGGGCUCCCAUGGGCGAGAAAGAGCGAGUACAGUUGGCUCGUGCAGUAUUAGGCACCGCGUUCGAGCAUCUGGGGUCUCGGAUCAUCAUUGCGCUGGAAAAGCUUCGUGGAGAAGGCGUGGAAAUCUCUACGCUGGUAGUAAGUGGUGGAGUUGCUGCCAACGACUUCCUGCGAUACUAUCUCCGGCAAAUGCUUGAUGUGCGAUCUUUCGGGCAUGUCCAGUUGGUGUUCCCACCGGUCGAGCUCUGCACUGACAAUGCCGCAAUGAUCGCGUGGGCGGGCAUGGAGAUGUUUGAGGCCCAAUAUACAACGGACCUUGGAUGUUUCCCUGUUAGGAAGUGGAGUAUGGACAGUCACAGCACAGAUGGUGGCAUCUUGGGGCUAGACGGUUGGAUUCUGGCAGAUGAUCGAGGUGUAUGAGACUCUGGCAUCAUUUUCACGGAUGAUCUGAUCAUCAAACCGUGAAGAACCAUGUGAACGCCUCUGCAGAGUCUGCACACAUUAUUGAGCAGGGGUGGUAGCCAGAAGGGCACAUUUCGCAUAGAGGAGGACUCAUGAUUGGCUGUGAAUACGAGACCUUCGCACGGCCACACAGGUACUAGUAGCAGUGUCAAGUUGUACCGCGUCCAUGAGUCACGCACAGCAAAUCAAUCUCGUAGGAAACAAAG